AUGUUUACCCCCGACGAUGUCCCAGAUCUUAGUGGUCGUGUGGCGAUAGUCACUGGUGGGAACCGCUCUAUUGGUCUCGAGACGGUUUAUAUGCUACUCAGGAAGAACUGUAAUGUAUGGAUAGCAGGUCGCUCGCAAUCGGGCUUCGAUGAGGCGAAGAAAAUCCUGGAAACACGACAAGAUAUCAACAAGGAAAUGCUCGAGCGAUUGCAUUUCCAGAAACUCGACCUCAGCGGGAUGAAGAAUGCUCAGCUCUCUGCACAGGAAUUUGCGAGGAACAACCCAUCCAGACUUGACAUCGUCAUUGGAAAUGCAGGAAUAUCCAUGCAACGUUCAGACGAGCUCUCAUCUGAUGGCUACGAACUGACGAUGCAAACUAACCACUUCGGACACUUCAGUUUCAUCAUCACCCUCUUGCCGCUGUUGACCAAGACAGCCAAAGAGCAUGGGGAUGUACGUGUGGUUAUGACAACUAGCGACGCCUAUGCAUACGCCACCAACGGAAUUGACUUUGAGUCUCUGACAAGACCUACUAUGCAGACAGGCAUGCGUGCGUUGACGGACCAGUUUGCCCGCUACGGAGCGUCGAAGUUAGCAAACAUGCUCUUUGCUCGAGAGCUCGACAGAGGAUGGGCAACUCCGUUGAGAAAGCAAGGAGCUAUGGCAUAUGUUGAUUGUGCUCACCCUGGCGCCAUCUUGAAUACGGGACUCGGUAGCAGUGGAUCGGGUGGGCAAUUACCUGGCGUUAUAAAUCUCGCACUUCGUGUGUCAGGAAAAUUUGCCGGAUUCUCGGCUCUCGAGGGUGCAAUGACUCAAGUUUGGGUGGCCACCACCCCAGACCUCAAGGAUAAGGAUCACGGAAAGUAUUAUGUUCCAGUGACCAAUUGGCGUGGUCGAUAUGUUUCAUCGGAAGAGAAGGCCCCUGACACGAAAUGGGCUACCGACGAUGAGCUUGCAGCCAAGUUAUGGAAGUACAGCGAGGAUGCGCUUGUCAAGGCCGGAGGGCAGAGCACUUGA